AUGGCAGGCUCCUCCGACCAUACUGAUCACGCUUUACCUCGUACGCUGUCACCACCCACACCCGAGUCGUCGCCUCCCAUAUUUGCUCCCACACCUCUUCCGAAUCUCCCACUGCCACCUCAGAGUUGGUUCGCUGGGAUACCAGAGAACGACAAUCACGCUGCAUUGCGCAGCCUUCCUGAGCCUCCGCCUUCCGUCUCCGGGGAAUCCACUACUUUCGUCCCAACCGACCACAGCAGAGAUGGAGAUGCACCUUCGUCCAUCCGCGUCCGUCGACACCACCGAUCGCAUUCCCAUUCGCAUCCCCACGGUAGUUUUUGCUCAGGAUCUCCUGACCAUGAUGGUGCACUACGGCUGAACAAAUUAGGUACGCAGAGCGACGUCAGCAACCAGGUUUUCAACAUCGAUGUCGAACGAGGACCGCCAAAUUACCAACGAUUCGUGCUCAAUAUCGACGGCCUGAAGUGCGGAUGCUGCGAGGGUGGUAUAACCCGGGCUGUGCACCGCAUUCCAGCCAUCCGCGAUCAUCAAGUCAAUAUUGUCAUGGCCAGGCUGGAGUUUGAUCUCGACAUCAGCCAAAUCUCAGUUGAGGAAGUCCUUAAACGCUUGAACACUGCCACCGGAUACACGUUCAAACAGAACAGCAAGCCUGUGGGGCAGGUGCUAGAAUUUUUGCACACAGAUACCCACGACUUUCACCGCACAAAGCGACCCGACGGGAUCACCGCAAUAGAGCUUCCAGACCCCCACACACUGUUCUGGAUUUCGUCUGUACUUUGGACGAAAGACGCCUUACCACUGAACGACAAGUCUAACGAUGACUCAGACAGCAGAAAGGCCAAGGAGAUUGUCGACCGAUGCAUCAUGGCUGCACGCCAUCCUCAGCUGAUACGCGUCCACUACGAUGCAACGAUCAUUGGCGCUCGUGAUAUCUACAACUUUUACAUCGCGAGAAACGAAGGUUUAACCCUGGCCCCACCACCUACUCAUCCGAGCCUCCAACUCGGAGCAAGACAGACAAGACGAGCGCUCUACUGGUUUCUACCCGCCUUGGCCCUGACGAUCCCUGUUCUGGUCCUGGCAUGGGCGCCCAUCGACCACCCGAAGAUCUCAUACGCUCAUGCUUCCCUAAUACUAGCAUCUGUUGUGCAAAUCAUCGCAUGGAUUGAGUUCCUACCAAGCGCUGUUAGAUCACUCUGGUACUCUUACGUGCUUGACAUGGACCUCUUGAUUACACUCAGUACAACAACUGCCUAUGUUUUUAGCGUUGUGUGUUAUGCGUACCAGGUGCUCGGCAAGCCCCUGGAGUCGGGCUCGUUCUUCGAAACGUCAACUUUGCUCGUCACUCUGAUCCUUCUGGGUCGUGCCAUCAAUGAGUUUGCGCGUUACCGUGCAGCAAAAUCUGUUUCUUUCCGUUCGCUACAGACAGACAAAGCCCUCCUUGUCGAAUGGGGUCAUGAACGAGAAGCGGACCCGCCGACCAAAGAAAUCGAUGCCCGCUUACUUCAGUAUGGGGAUAGCUUCAAGGUAUUACCACACACGCGGAUCGUCACUGAUGGAGAUGUAUACUAUGGGGGAUCAGAGGUCGACGAGUCUAUGCUCACAGGCGAGUCGAUUCCCGUCGCGAAAGGCGUACAUUCGCGUGUCUUCGCAGGCACCUUGAACGGCAGUGGCACGCUCAUAGUUGUUUUGAGGACUCUGCCGCACGAGAACUCAGUUCACAAGAUUGCAACAAUGGUUGAAGGCGCAGAGUUGACGCAACCCAAGAUACAAGCCUUGGCCGACCGCAUAGCCGGCCGGUUCGUGCCCGCGAUAGCAGCCAUUGGAUCUCUUGUCUUCUUGAUCUGGCUUCUCAUCGACCGAGUCCACAACAAAAAUGAUUGGCAGGCUGCCAUCGUCAAAGCCGUCACCUACGCCAUCGCAACACUCAUCGUCUCCUGCCCGUGUGCAAUUGGGCUUGCCGUGCCGAUGGUCGUCCUCAUCGCCGGAGGUGUAGCAGCGCGCUACGGCAUCAUCUUUAGAGAUCCGCAGAAGCUGGAGGUGGCUCGCAAUGUCACCGAUGUUGUCUUCGACAAGACCGGCACACUUACGACCGGCUACUUUUCCGUCAUGCACAGCCAAUACUGUGGCACUAUCGACCCUGCCCGAAUCAAGUCCAUCCUCCUUGGUCUUCUCAAAGACAACAGGCAUCCAAUCUCGGCAGGUGUCUAUGCUCACCUCGCCAAGGAGUCCCGCAUAAGCCCGGGUCCAGAUCUUGUCCAUGCUGAGAUACUAGACAUCACCAGCCACCCCGGUGAAGGUGUUGUAGGGCUCACUCGGGCUGGUGGCUACGAAGUGCGGGCCGGAAACCCGGAUUGGCUCUGCCUAUCUGUGGAGGAGUCGAAUUGUAGCCAUCUCUGUGUUACAGUACAAGGCGAACUUGCGGCAAUUUUCAAGCUGAAAGACACGCCCAAACGCAAUGCAGAAAGAGUCAUCGACACGCUGCACAAGCGGAACAUCACAGUCCACAUGAUAAGCGGCGACUCGCAAGGCUCUGUCGAUGCUGUCGCGCAUGAACUCAACAUUCCAAAGAGAUGUACAAAGAGCAGAUGUCGACCAGAAGGAAAGAUGCAGUACGUACGCGACCUGCAGAACAACGAAAGCCAGAAACAAGUCCGGAUCGUGCUGUUCGUAGGAGACGGCACCAACGACUCCGUAGCCCUAAAGCAGGCACACGUCGGCUGCCACAUGCACUCCCCCCACGGCGCGAACGACGUGGCCAAGCAAGCCGCCGACGUGGUCCUCAUGACCGAACGCCUCGCUGACAUCCUCGUGCUCCUCGACAUAAGCAAAGCAGCGUACCGCCGCAUCGUGGCGAAUUUCGUCUGGAGUGCAGUCUACAAUGUAGGCGCUGUCCUCCUCGCGGCCGGCGCAUUCGCCGCUCUGGGCAAACCCGGGAGCGAGGUCAAGAUUCCACCGCAGUGGGCUGGGUUGGGCGAGUUGGUCAGUGUUCUGCCUGUCGUUGGGGUUGCGUUCCAGAUGCGCUGGCGGGAUUAUGCAAGGGGGUUCAAGGAUGUAGAUUACGAUCGAGUUUUGAGGGAGGAUAGGUAG